AUGGCGUCCCCAAAUCCUGCAGAGCCGGUAUCUGAGGAUACGCACGAUUCCUCCAGUGGGUCCGAAGUAGACCAAUCCGAGAUUUUGACGCGAGCCCCCAAAAGACGACGACUCUCCGAAUCCUCUGACGACUCGUACGUUGCGCCGGCGCCGCUCCCCACUCUCUCCCGUAUCAAGAAGAAAGGAGCGCAGGAUGCGAAACCGGCAGCUCCGGCAGGUCAAGAGGAUCCAGUGCUGAUCCGCGAUGCGUUGGAGAUCGGGCUGCGGGAGGAAGCGUCGUCGUUUGCGGCGUUGAAUGUCGCGCCGUGGCUGGUUGGGUCGCUGACGACGAUGGCUGUCAGGAAGCCAACGGCGAUUCAGAAGGCGUGUAUACCUGAGAUCCUCAAGGGGAAGGACUGUAUUGGAGGAAGCCGGACUGGUUCCGGUAAGACGAUUGCAUUCUCGGUGCCGAUGCUGCAGAAGUGGGCGGAGGAUCCGUUUGGGAUUUUCGGGGUUGUGUUGACACCGACGAGAGAACUUGCGUUGCAGAUUUUCGAGCAGAUCAAGGCCAUCUCGGCUCCGCAGAGCAUGAAGCCCGUUCUCAUCACCGGCGGGACGGACAUGCGACCUCAGGCCAUUGCUCUGGCGGGGAGACCGCAUGUGGUGAUUGCGACUCCCGGCCGGUUGGCAGACCACAUCAAGUCUUCCGGCGAAGAUACAGUGUGCGGCCUCAAGCGGGUCCGCAUGGUCGUUCUCGACGAAGCCGACCGACUGCUCGCCAGCGGGCCGGGCAGCAUGCUCCCCGACGUCGAAACGUGCCUCUCCGCACUGCCUCCCUCCAGCGAGCGGCAGACGCUCCUCUUCACCGCGACGGUCACCCCCGAAGUGCGCGCCCUGAAGGACAUGCCCCGAUCCGCCAACAAGCCGCCCGUCUUCGUGACCGAGAUCUCCACGGAAAAUCAGGGCUCGAUCCCCCCCACGCUCAAACAGACCUACCUCAAGGUGCCGCUGACGCACCGCGAAGCCUUCCUGCACGUCCUCCUCUCCACAGAAGGCAACGCCUCCAGACCCGCCAUCAUCUUCUGCAACCACACCAAGACCGCCGACCUGCUCGAGCGCAUGCUCCGCCGCCUCGCCCACCGCGUCACCUCCCUGCACAGUCUCCUGCCGCAGUCUGAGCGUAACGCCAACCUCGCCCGCUUCCGCGCCUCCGCGGCUCGCAUCCUCGUCGCCACGGACGUCGCCUCGCGUGGUCUCGAUAUCCCCACCGUCAGCCUGGUCAUCAACUACGAUGUCCCCCGCAAUCCGGACGACUACGUGCACCGUGUCGGUCGUACGGCGCGUGCGGGCCGCAGCGGUGAAGCCGUCACGCUGGUCGGACAGCGGGAUGUGCAGCUUGUGCUGGCGAUCGAGGAGCGCGUCGGCCGGCAGAUGGAGGAGUGGAGCGAGGAGGGAGUCAGUAUCGAGGGUCGGGUGGUGCGAACGGGUGUUCUCAAGGAAGUCGGCGAGGCAAAGCGAGAGGCCAUGGGGGAGAUUGACGAGGGGCGGGACGUGUUGGGACGCAAGCGGAACAAGUUGAAAAAGGUGCGGUAG